AACCAUUCUAGGAAGUCAGUUUCUAUGUUUGCUCAAUCUUGAUGAUUACUAAAAAUCAAGUUUGAGAUAUUUUCGGAGUUAGUUCUGAUCUUCUAAAUAAAUUCAAACACUAUUAGUUCAUACUAUAAAGCAAGCAAUUACAUUUACCGUUUGAUGAUCAUUGGUCUCUUGAAUCUCUAUUCUCAUCUUCUUCUCUGACAAAGGAUACCUAUGGCAACUGUGACCACCUCACACUUUGUAUCCAGUUCACAUGUCAAUUGCCAUGGAACUUCCAGAUCAGAAAGUAAAGCAAACUUAGGCCUAAGGAGUCAAGCAAUGACUCAUAAUGGGUUAAGGUCGUUGAACAAGCUAGAUAUGCUAAAGAUGAGAACCCAAACAAAAGCAAUUGCUAGGCCAGCAAGAAGCACAGUGAGUAAAACUGAGAAGGACAGACCUAAUGGGAAAAUUGUAUGUGUACAAGGAAUGAACUUGGUGUUUGUGGGAGCUGAGGUAGGUCCAUGGAGCAAAACUGGUGGACUUGGUGAUGUUCUUGGAGGACUUCCACCUGCAAUGGCAGCUAAGGGGCACCGUGUUAUGAGUGUGUCUCCACGCUAUGACCAAUACAAAGAUGCAUGGGACACAAGUGUUGCAGUUGAGAUGAAAGUUGGGGAUAGAAUUGAAACUGUUCGCUUCUUCCACUGCUAUAAACGAGGAGUUGAUCGUGUAUUCGUGGAUCACCCAAUGUUCCUCGAAAAGGUAUGGGGAAAAACUGGAUCCAAAAUCUAUGGCCCUAGGACUGGUCUGGAUUACAAGGAUAACCAGCUGCGAUUCAGCUUGUUUUGCCAGGCUGCUCUGGAGGCACCAAGGGUUCUGAACUUAAAAAGCAGUGAACAUUUCUCUGGACCAUAUGGGGAGGAUGUUGUCUUCAUUGCCAAUGAUUGGCACACUGCUCUUCUUCCGUGCUACCUAAAAACAAUGUACAAAUCAAGGGGCCUCUAUAAAAAUGCCAAGGUUGCUUUCUGCAUUCAUAACAUAGCUUACCAGGGAAGAUUCUCCUUUGAAGACUUUUCACUUCUCAAUUUGCCUGAUCAAUUCAAGAGUUCUUUUGACUUUAUUGAUGGCUAUGAGAAGCCAGUGAAAGGAAGGAAAAUCAAUUGGAUGAAGGGUGGAAUAAUAGAAUCGGACAGGGUCCUGACUGUGAGUCCAUACUAUGCCCAGGAACUUAUUUCUGGAAUUGAUAAGGGUGUGGAAUUGGAUAACAUCAUUCGUAAGACUGGCAUCACUGGUAUUGUGAAUGGGAUGGAUGUUCAAGAGUGGAAUCCUUCCACAGACAAAUACAUUGAUAUAAAAUAUGAUUCCACAACCGUUAUGGAUGCAAAGCCUCUAUUGAAGGAAGCCCUUCAAGCAGAAGUUGGGUUGCCUGUUGACCGAAAUAUCCCUUUGAUAGGCUUCAUUGGAAGACUAGAAGAGCAGAAAGGUUCAGAUAUUCUAGUAGAAGCUAUUUCAAAGUUCAUUGGGCAGGAUGUUCAAAUUAUAAUCCUUGGAACUGGCAAAGAGCCCAUGGAGAAGCAAAUUGAACAGCUGGAGGAACUAUAUCCCAACAAUGCCCGGGGUGUGGCAAAAUUUAAUGCCUCCUUAGCUCAUAUGAUUAUUGCUGCGGCUGAUUUUAUGCUGAUCCCAAGUAGAUUUGAACCCUGUGGUCUCAUUCAGUUACAUGCUAUGCGAUAUGGAACGGUACCGAUUGUUGCCUCAACGGGUGGACUUGUUGACACUGUCAAAGAAGGUUUUACAGGAUUCCAAAUGGGAGCUUUCAAUGUUAAAUGUGAAGCAGUUGAUCCAGCUGAUGUAACUGCAAUAGCAACUACUGUCAAGAGAGCUCUUGCAUCAUACGGAACUCCUGUUUUGAAAGAGAUGAUCCAGAAUUGCAUGGCCCAAGAUCUUUCGUGGAAGGGACCAGCCAGACAAUGGGAAAAGACACUGCUGAGCCUGGAUGUUGCUGGCAGUGACCCUGGACUUGAGGGGGAGGAGAUUGCUCCUCUUGCCAAGGAAAAUGUUGCUACUCCUUGAGCACUGCGACUAAUAUCUUAUGGUAUCAGCAUUAAUAAGUAUGCUAACAGAUCUGGGUUAGUAUGCAUGGUAUGUAGGUAGUGACAACUGUUGGCUCUUCACCUCAUUCAAAGUUCAGUUCAUGUGAGCAGCGAGCCUGGUGAAGAACUCGGAGCUAUUUUUCAUUUUUCUUUUUAGAAGGUUAAUGGUUUUCAAGCUGGGUAGAAGUGUCGCAAAGUACAAACCUAAUGUCUGUUGUUAGGAACCACUAUAAAACCAGUUUUUUCUGUUCUUGCUAUAUAGUUUUAAGCAAUAUGUAAGUAAAUAAAAUGAGUGUUUGCUCCUUAA